UGAGGAGGCGGCAGCCCCGCGACUCCAUGAUUCUUGGCUCAUUGACAGGUCUUCAGUAAUGGAGGCUCCAUAUGAUGGCACCGAAGUGACUGUAGUAAUGGAGGAAAUAGAGGGUACCUACACCUAUGCAUCUCCAGUGCCAUCGAAGAAGAAAAAGAAAUACAAAAGUCCUGGAGACCAGGGGGAAAAGGCCAAAAAACCUCGAUCAGCUUACCUUCUCUACUACUAUGAUAUCUACUUGAAAGUACAGCAGGAGCUUCCCCAUCUCCCACAGUCUGAAAUCAACAAGAAGAUCAGUGAGAGCUGGAGGCUGCUCAGUGUAGCUGAAAAAAGCUACUACUUGGAGAAGGCCAAACUAGAGAAAGAAGGACUGGAUCCAAACUCCAAGAUGUCCACUCUGACUGCAGUAGUUCCAGACAUUCCAGGUUUCCGUAAGAUUCUUCCUCGCUCAGAUUACAUAAUUAUCCCCAAAACCACUCUCCAAGAGGACAGGAGCAGACAGCCCCUAGAACUGUGUGUGGCACAGGGUCAGACUGCAUCAGAAGGAAUAACAGCUUCUACGAACAUCACAGGCGUCUCCCAAGAUGCAGUACAAAACAUCCUUUCUGUCGACUCGAGCCAUGUUGGCAUUUCUGAGCAGUGCAUUGCCAUUGAAGGACUGGCAGAAGAGGCUGCCUCAUUUGGUCAGUCAGACACUAUAGAAGAAAUUGUUGCCUCAGAGAUUCUUUCUCAUUACGUCAGACCCAUAGCAGAUAAAGUGACUGGAGAUAUCCUCUUGGAUGAGGCUUCUGUGGAGAUGGGAGAGGGGCAGCCAUAUCAGACGACCAGUGUGGUAAUUGAAGAGACUCUGGUUAGCAGCUCCACAGACCUCUCCAAUGGGAGCAUUGCUGUGGCACGACCUCAGGUUUCAGACAGUCUCUCUGUGGUAACAGUGGUGACUGGGAGGGAUACGGAGGAGAGCAGCUCUUCCACGCCCCCUACACAAUAUAUUAUGCUGCCUUGGCCAGCUCAUUCUGUUGUGGAGAACCCGACAUCAAUCAAACUGACAACGACCUAUACCCGCAGGGGGCAUGGAAAUUGCACCAAUCCUGGCUGUUCCUUCACUUACGUCACCAGGCACAAACCUCCAAAAUGCCCGACAUGUGGGAACUUCCUGGGAGGGAAGUGGAUCCCAAAGGAAAAGCAACCCAAAGGCAAAGCUGAGCCAAAUUCUGGUGUCUCUCUCAGAACACCAGCAGCUAAAAGAAAUCAGCAGCCAGUAGUCACAGACCAGGCAACUGCUCGAGAAAAUGCCUCCAGAGCUACUUUGGAAAGCUCUGAAGCUGUCAGCCAGCUCCUGAAUGCUGUGCCUAUUGGGGAACAGAUGCAGGAGACUGAGUGGGAGGAAGUGAUCAUCUCUGAGGCUCACAUCCUUGCAAACAAUGUGCAAGCUGAAGACAGAGGGAAUGCUGCUGCAGUGUCGCUGGCUCAGGAGAGCCAUGUGCAGGGGGACACUUCCUUAGAACAGGUGGAAAAAGACAGUGCGGGGCUGGGGCUUCAACCAUCCUCCGAGGUUACAAGUCCAGCUAACCCUGCAAAGAAGCCAUUGGGAGUUGAUGCUCCUGCUACUGUACACAAAGGACAAGAACUAAAGAUCAAGCCAAGACCCAAACCCUCCUUGCUUGCAGCAGCAAGACCCAUGAGAGCAAUCCUACCUGCCCCUGCCAGCCUGGGGAGGGAAGCCAGCACAGAGCCUCCCAGCACCAGACAGGCCUUUCCAAAUAAUGAUAAGCUUUCCCCUGUGAGAACCUCAGGCCUGAAGCCCAAUACACUGAAGCAGCUGGGUCAGCCUGUCCUCCAGGCAACUAGUGCUGAGGAGCGAAAGCUCCACAGUAGCUCAAUCAGCGGGUCAUCUCAGGUGAAAGUAGUGGAGGUUAAACCAGACGUAUUCCCUUCCUACAAGUAUAGCUGCACUGUGACUUUGGAUUUGGGACUAGCAACCUCACGUGGCAGAGGGAAGUGCAAGAACCCAUCCUGUAGUUAUGUAUACACGAACAGGCACAAGCCACGUAUCUGUCCCAGCUGCGGCUACAACCUUGCCAAGGACAGAGCUGAGAAAACAGUGAAAUCCCUGGAGGUGAACUCUGGUCCCCCUGAUGUGCUGAACACUAGUGAGCCUUUAACUCAGGCCCAGAAAGAGAUCCAGCGCCAGUCCACGCUGCAGCUGCUGCGCAAGGUAAUGCAGAUCCCAGAGAACGAGUCAGAACUGGCUGAAGUCUUCGCACUCAUCCAUGAACUCAACAGCUCGCGGCUCAUCCUGUCCAACGUGAGUGAGGAGACGGUCACCAUAGAGCAGACCUCCUGGUCAAACUACUAUGAGUCUCCAUCUACGCAGUGCCUCCUCUGUAACAGUCCAUUAUUCAAAGGGGGACAGAAUUCCCUCGCUGGCCCUCAGGAGUGCUGGUUGCUGACUGUUAACCGGUUACAGGUGGUUACUGCUCAGGUCAAGGUGUGUUUGAAUCUGCAGUGCCUGGCCUUGCAUAGCUUCACUGAUAUCUACACAGGCCUCUUCAAUGUGGGCAACAAGCUGUUAGUGAGCCUGGACCUUCUGUUCACAAUCCGCAACCACAUUAAACUUGGAGAGGAUCCCAAAGUGGCAGUUAGCAGUAUCCUGGAGUCUGUGCAGGAGCAGACUGAAAAAACUCUGAGCCCUGAUGAACUGAGUCAACUCCAGGAGCUGCUGUGCAAUGGCUAUUGGGCAUUUGAAUGCCUCACCGUCCGGGACUACAACGAUAUGAUCUGUGGAAUAUGUGGCAUUGCACCCAAGGUGGAGAUAGCCCAGAGAAAUGAGGAAAAUGUCCUGGCGCUGAGAAAUGUUGAGUUUACCUGGCCAGAAUUCUUGUCGUCUAGCGAGGUGAAUGUGGAAGACUUCUGGUCCACAAUGGAGACGGAAGUGAUAGAGCAGGUGGCGUUUCCUUCUAGCAUCCCGAUCACCAAGUUUGAUGCCUCUAUUGUUGCUCCUUUCUUCCCACCGCUGAUGAGAGGGGCGGUGGUUGUCAAUACUGAGAAGGACAAGAACCUUGAUGCCCAGCCAGUGCCAGGUAAUGCCAGUGCCUUGGUGAGGCUGCUUCAGGAUGAGACCUGCAAGCUGGAGCAAAUUGGCUCCUACGAUGAGGAGCAGCUGCGGGACUUUCUGACACAAUGUGGAGUGCCCUGGGAAGCAGCAGAUACAAAGGACCAGCUCUGUUACUCUCUCCUGGCCCUCUAUGACUUUGUGCUAAAUGGGACAAGUGCCAAACAAGUCUCAGCCCAGCACACGGGAGGCAAAAUCUACAAAGUGUGUCCACACCAGGUGGUGUGUGGCUCGAAGUACAUCGUGAGAGGGGAAAGUGCCCGGGACCACGUGGACCUGCUAGUCUCCUCACGCCAUUGGCCUCCUGUCUACGUGGUCGAUAUGGCCUCUGCAGUGUCAUUGUGUGCAGACAUCUGCUGCCCUGACCUGACUUCCCAGAUGUGGGGAAAGAACCAGGGAUGCUUCUCUGACCCCCUGGAGCUGCCAGCGUAUGUGUCCUGCCCAGAGCUGCUAGACAGGCACUACAGUGUGGAUAUGAACAUAACUGAGCACUCUGUCCAGCACCCAGUCACCAAGUCCACAGCCCGCCGAGUUGUUCACGCUGAGGCAGAGGCGAAUGCCCAGAGCGACCCAGUGGCCCGGCACCAUUCUAUCUCCUUGUGUCAGGAGCUGGAGCCUUACAGUGCCAUCAUCGCCACCCUCAACGACAGCAAAACUAGCAACAUUCGCCAAAGGCCGAUCACCUUUGACAAUGCCACCCACUAUUACCUCUACAACCGCCUGAUGGACUUCCUCACCAGCAAGGAGAUUGUGAACCAGCAGAUCCAUGAGGUGGUGCAGAGCUGUCAGCCUGGCGAGGUGGUGAUCCGGGAUGCCCUGUACCGGCUGGGGGUAGCCCAGAUAAAAACAGAAAUGGAGGAGGAGGAAGAGGAACUCCAGGAGGAUGAUAAAGAGGCUGCUGAAUAAGCUGUUUUGAGCUUAGUUGGUUUAUCUCUUUCUGGCCGGGCAGGUAGGGGUGCUGGGGUGGCUUUGGCCAGCUCUUGGCAACUGUCAGGUUUAUUUGGGGUAGCUAAUUCUUUACACGGAGAAGCUGUGAUUACAGAAGGCUUUGACUGCUUACACUGACCAAAGAGCUGUGUGCUUCCUGAGGGCUGUCACUGCUGCCGUGAGCACGAGUUUCCUUAACAUCCUUGCAAAGAGGCUGGGAUUCCCUGCCAAGGUGAUUCUUGGCCCCAUCUGUGUGUGGAGCAAAGUGCUGCUCUUGCAGCAGUUGGCUGAGGUGGAGGAAGGAGGCAUUUCUAGUCCCUGGGGGUGUCUGAGAUGGGAAAGCACGUGGAUUUCUUUUCCAUCUAGAUCUUAGUUUACUGACCUUGUUCAUCAAUGCAGGGUUGGGUGUGGUGGGGCAAGACUGGAAGGAAAGCAGCAGAAAACAGCACAGGGCUCCCCCCAGACUGUUUUGAAUGAAUUAGCAGAAUACACGGACCUCCCUGCUGUGGGCCUCUGGCUGUGCUCUUAAAUGACACAUGCUGACUGGUCCUUUUAGCAGCUGAAAGCAGCCAGUAAUGUCUAGGUGGCCACCCAGGAGACGCUGGUGCCCAAGGCAAGAACAUGCAGUUGUAAGGAGGUGGAUGGUGCCAUAUUGGUGUCCGGGGUCACUGGCAGUGCAGUGUAGCAGCUGUGUGGCUGUGGGAGUGAGUUUCUAAGACAGUGGAUCCCUAAACCUUGAGUAAUCAAUUAUUUAGAAGCUGCAGUGCCUAGUGAGCAGACUAGGUGGAAGAAAGAGUUGACAGAAAAGGGUUGUCAUUGGUUUGACAAGCCAAGUGAUAGCAGGUUUUUUGAAGCUUGAGGUGUGCUGUGUAAGGCAAUGAUUUUUGAAGCAGAAGAAGCACUUGAGUCCUGGGCACCUUACUGUUUGUUUGUGAGCUGUUGCAUCCUGUUUGUAGACUUCGGACAGUGCUGAUGAUGGCACUGUAAUUUGCAUACUAUCCCUAUGACCAAGCUUGAAUUGCAAUGAACAUCUGUGUCUCAGCAGCCAGAGGCCGUGACCAUAAUGUAAACUCUUCACGGGCCUCUCUGGUUUUACUAAUCAUUUUGCUUAGGCAGAGUAUGGUAGGGAGAGCUGCAUCCGCUUAUCUCUCUUGGCCCUGUGCAAAGUGUCAUAUCCCCAUCCUGCUCCCCACAAACUUGAAAAACCCAAGUGGGUCUUGUAUCCUCCACGCUGCUUUGACUGUUCCUUUUGAGGAGCUUGGCUGAGACCCUUUUCCUUCCAGCAUAGUUAAGCAGCUACUUUAAAGCCCAUUUGUAAGCUGCUUGCAUUGUCCUCUGACUCCCUUUCCUUUGUGCUGGUCAUCAGUCGAUGUAGGCAUCUGCUCCAGACAGGGAGCUGGGAUGUCAGGGCAUUGGGAAACCAGGACAGAGUUUCCAUGAGAGGGCACGGGAGGUUCAGAGAUGCAUAGUAUGAAAAGUCCCUUCUGUGAAGGGGAACCUACUGAGUACCGUACUGUAAAAGUAAAUGUAUUAAGUCUGAGCAAAUUCGGUAAUUAUGCUUUGGGGUUUUUCUGUUAAGAAUGUUAAUUUAUUAAAGACAUUAGUGACUUUUUCAGUCUGUGAUAAAGUUUAAUAAAUUAUCUCCAAUUUUUUUGAGUGAAACAG